AUGGCCUUUCAAUUUAAUGGUUCUCUCGAGACUUUUCAACAUGACACAGUGACACACCACACCAAGGACAACUCGUACUGGUUCUAUGAAAAAUCCAAAGAAUCGUUUCCUGGUCAAGCAUUUGGUUUGGAGAUUGUUGACAUUUUAUACCACACCAAAACGGAAUUUCAAGAUAUUCUUGUUUUCAAAUCAAAGACAUUUGGUAAUGUGCUCGUUCUUAAUGGUAUAAUACAAUGUACCGAGAAGGAUGAGUUUGCGUAUCAGGAAUUGAUUACCCAUAUACCAAUAAUGUCGCAUCCUAGUCCGCGCAAGGUUCUAGUCAUUGGAGGAGGAGAUUGUGGAGUUAUACGAGAAUUGAUCAAACAUGUUGAAGAUAAAAGUGUUGAGUCGAUAACCAUGGUUGAAAUUGACGAUAUGGUUAUUAAGCUACUGACGGAAUUUCUACCACAAAUGGCCAAAUAUCAUAACCACCCAAAAGUGAAAUUGACCAUUGACGAUGGGUUCAAGUUUCUUAGGGAGACAAGAGAGAAAUUUGAUGUUAUUAUUACCGACUCGUCCGACCCUGAAGGGCCAGCUCAAGAGUUUUUCCAAAUAAACUAUUUCAAGUUGCUAUCUAAUGCGUUGAAUGAAAAUGGUAUUGUAAUUAUGCAAUCGCUGGAAAAUAUAUGGUUGGAUAUCAAGUACUUGAAGGAGCUCCUUUUAAAAGCAUCAAAUGUAUUUCCCAAUGUAGAAUAUUGUCAAUGUUAUAUGCCAAGCUAUACUUCCGGUCAGCUUGGCCUUAUCAUUGCAACGAUGAACAAAACGGUUGACUUGACUCGUCCGUUGAGAAGGUUUGAUAGUUGUAAAGAAACAAGUCUUUUUAAGUACUAUAAUCAUGAGGUCCAUCAUAGCUCGUUUAUAUUGCCUACUUGGGCAAGACAAUACCUUGGAUAA